AUGCCGGCUACCAAGUCACUCGCAGAGCUGCAGGCGGAGGUCUGCCGGCUGGACGACCGCUACCGUCUGGAGCGCAUCAUUGGUGCCGGCUCCUAUGGUAUUGUGAUCCGCGCGCGUGACAUCAAAAGCGACAACUGCCUUGUCGCCAUUAAGCGCGUCAACAAGGAGAUCUUUGAUGAGGUUGUUUUGGCGAAGCGCAUUCUGCGCGAGAUCAAGCUAUUGGCGCACUUUAAUGACGAGAACAUAAUUGGCCUGCGCAACAUCCUCACCCCUGAGGACCCAGAGAACUUUGAGCACUUCUACAUCGUAAUGGACAUUAUGGAAACCGACCUGAAGCAGGUGCUGCGCAGUGGCCAGGAGCUGACGGAGGCUCACAUUCAGUUCUUCAUCUAUCAGGUGCUGCGCGCGCUACACAUCAUUCACAGCGCCGGUGUCAUCCACCGUGAUAUUACGCCGGCAAACAUUUUGGUCAACACGAACUGCGAUUUGAAGAUUUGUGACUUUGGCCUGGCGAAGGAGGAAAACGAUCAAGGCGAGUACAUGACGGACUACGUGACGAUGCGCUGGUAUCGUGCGCCGGAGUUGGUGAUGGAGGGAAAGGACUACUCAGUGCAGAUUGAUGUGUGGGGUAUCGGCUGCAUCCUUGGCGAGCUACUCGGCUCUCGUCCGCUCUUCCAGGGGAAAGACCGCGUGAACCAGUUGGACAAGAUAGUCGAUCUGAUCGGUACGCCAUCCGACGAGGACAUCAGCUCCGUAGGCUCGGCUGCUGCGCAGAAGUACCUCAAGAAGAAGGGGUACCGUCCGCGGCCUGACUGGCGCCAGCGCUACCCAAAUGCAUCUGUCCAGGCGCUCGAUCUGCUGCGCCGCAUGCUGGUCUUCAACCCGAAGCAGCGAAUCACGGUGCUGCAAGCAAUGCGUCACCCGUUCUUGGAUCAGCUGCACGACGACGCUGACGAUAGCAUCACCUACACCCCCUUCCACUUUGACGAGCAGAAGCAGAAGACAGUACUGGAUGUGAAGCGCGCCAUCUACGAGGAGAGCGUCAAGUUUCACAAGGCGCACCAGUCCUCGAUGCAGACAACGAGCAUGAACAAUACCUUCAACUCCAUCAGUAUGCCCGCACCGAGCGUGGCGACAGAGGGCGAGGGCCGCUCGGCGCAGCAGACGAUUGAGAAGGACAUCCCUGAGAGCACGACGGACGGCAACUUUGACCGUGAUCAGGCGUAA